AUGUCAACGACAAGCAGCCAACUGCCCCCGAUCCGAGCAUGUCUCUUCGACAUGGAUGGUCUUUUGAUCGACUCUGAGGAUCUAUACACCGUCUGUACCAACGAGACUCUACGAAAGUACGGAAAGCCCGAUCUGCCAUGGAACAUCAAGGCUCAAUUGCAAGGACGCCCUGGACCAGAGGCUGGUCGCAUCUUCCAUGAAUGGGCUCAGCUACCCAUCACACGCGACGACUUCCUCCAGCAGACCUCCGCCCUGCAACAAAAGUACUUUCCCUCCACACAACCACUCCCCGGUGUCCGCGACCUGCUAAAACGCCUGGACUCCAACCCAAACGUACACAUUGCUCUCGCCACCUCCUCCAACAAGAACAACUUUGGCCUCAAAACUGCACACCUUGAAGAUGUCUUCGCAGUCUUUGAGCAACAACACCGUGUACUCGGCGAUGACCCUCGUAUCCCUGCCGGAAAGGGCAAACCGGCACCAGACAUCUACCUCCUCGCCCUGGAGACUAUCAACGCACGUAUCCGCAAGGAAGGAAAAGAGAAGGAGAUCACACCCGCCGAAUGUCUGGUCUUCGAGGACAGUGUGCCCGGAGUCGAGUCUGGAAGAAGAGCUGGAAUGCAAGUGGUCUGGUGCCCGCAUCCUGGAUUAUUGAACGAGUACAAAGGAAGAGAAGAGGAUGUUUUGGCUGGUACGAGCAUCAUGAAGCAGUAUGGUGUCAGCAGUGGUGGCAGCGAGGUGCCUGGAAAGGUUGAAGAUGGCUGGGCUAGGCUGCACAUGACGCUAGAAGACUUCCCUUACAAGAGCUACGGUAUGGAGGCAUAG